AGAUUUUUGCAACACAAUUGCCUCUUUCACACCAAAAGCCAACGCUUUAAGCCGUGUCAGUUUCUCUGGAUUCUUUCUCCCUUUCUCUUUAGGCUGAGUGCUCUGUAUCACGUGUAUACUAGCCGCCUUGCGCUCCAUUCCUUUCACCGUUCUAACACUGACAGGUAACGGAACGGUAGAACAGGCCUUUUUGUUUUUCUUUAGAGACGUGUUGUCUUGCUGGGUUUUGCUGUGUAGUGGAAGUCAUCUAACAGAGUUCGUGUUUUGCACUGGAGCCAAUUCUUUACCUAUUUACACAGAAAAAAAAAGUCGUUUGGAUUUGUGGUGUACUUCUGCUGCCUUUCACUUAGCACAGCUUUGAGUGACGCACACGGAGUCCGUUGUCCGUUUUUCAUUUGCGCGCGCGCGUUAACACUCCAACAGUGCGUUGGCGUCUCUCUUGCUUCUCUUAUUGUUAUUAUUAUUAUUAUUAUUAUUUGCUCAUUUUGUUGUCUUCACCUACACGCACCGCAAACCUCGCUCAUUUUGCCAGCGUAAACCCACGGUUCUGUAACGCGUUUUACUUUCACGUUGGCGUGGCCAAAUCACUUUCAACGCCCCUCUUUUUCGUUUGUUUCUUUAGUGUUGCUGCUCUUGUUUAUUCUCCUAUGACCAGCAACGCAUUGCUUACCACUUUCAUUCUCCCUACACUGUCUCGGUAGAUAAACGCUGGUUCGCAGCACCGUCAACAAAUUUCUACCUUUUUUGUUUUUGAAGAUUUACUUUCCGACUAUUUUUUCCCUUCUUGUAUUUUUAUCUCCUUUUCCGCUGUGGUGGUUUUCCUCUUCCUCCUCCGCCCCCUCCUCCUCCUCUUCUCUCCCACUCGCUCUUUCUCGAACGCACGCGUUGUUGUUUACAGAAUAAUAGAAGAAAAAACAAUAACUGAAGGAAUGAGUAGUGAUUCAUCGGACGACGAAGACGUGGUCGUGCUGCAGGUGUGUGCGAACCGCCACUGCCAAGGUAUUGAUGACCUCGAAUUCGAUGCCGAUACAAAUCAGAGUUACUGCGGGCGCUGCCGGGCUUUGUACGCGCAAACGGAUAAGGAAGGCUUUCGUAUUCUCUUGUCCAACGAAGACCUCGCUCUCGUGAAGCUCAUCUUCGAUCACUUCGACAAGCAGAGACGCGGCUACUGGACGUGCAAGGAGUGGACCGCGUUUCAAGACGCGACGGAUCACGGAACGGGGGAGCCUAUCGAGUCCGCUGCGGCUCUGAAGGAUUUUUUCAACGACGAGUAUGACCUGACGCUUGCGGAUCUCGGCAGCGAUGGUCCGGUUGUCCGUUUAGUGGACCUGGAGAACAUGUACGGCGGCUAUUUGUUUAACAACGUAGAUGCUCUGGUGGAGGACAGCGAAUCACUGGAGCAACAGGGUGUUCUGAACACGGGCGUCUUGGAGUAG